AUGUGAGAAGGGCAUAACUGGAAAUUGAAAUAUUCUCACAUUAUAUAGUAGGAUAUAGUUAUCGGCACCCAAGCAAACCCUCCUUUCUGUCUCUUCAUUUUUCCCUUCUCUGCGGCUAGGGUUUUAGCUCACUCUUCUCCUCACAACACAAGAUAACACUACUUUGUGGAUUGCUUUGGACUGCUUUUGCUUGAGCUAAGGGUCUAUUGGAAACAACCUCUAUCUCUGAAGGUAGGGAUGAAUGUAGAAAAGUUGCAAAAGAUGGCUGGUUCGGUCAGAACUGGUGGAAAGGGUACCAUGAGAAGAAAGAAGAAGGCUGUACACAAGACAACUACAACCGAUGACAAAAGACUACAGAGCACCUUGAAAAGAAUAGGUGUCAAUGCCAUUCCUGCUAUUGAAGAAGUCAACAUUUUCAAGGAGGACGUUGUUAUCCAAUUCAUUAACCCCAAAGUCCAAGCAUCAAUUGCUGCAAACACGUGGGUAGUUAGUGGUACCCCCCAGACAAAGAAAUUGCAGGAUAUUCUUCCUCAGAUUAUUCACCAGCUGGGUCCUGAUAAUUUGGAGAACUUGAAGAAAUUGGCUGAGCAGUUCCAGAAGCAGGCACCUGGUGCUGCUGCAGGUACAGAUGCGGCCGCAGGUGCUGUUGCAGCACAGGAAGAUGAUGAUGAUGUACCAGAACUCGUGGCUGGUGAAACUUUUGAAGCUGCUGCUGAGGAGGGUCACACUUCCUGAAGUUUUUGUUGAAAUUUCCCUACUUUCAAUGUUCUGAUAUCAGAUUUUACCUUAGCUUCUGAGUGUUAUAUUUCAUGUCUAUCUCAAAAGAAUUCUUAAAUGCUUUUAAUAGUAAGCCACUCUUUGCCCUUCAAAA